AUUCAAUUAUUCGACAUGUACUCUCAACAGCGGCGUAUAUGUGAUUAUCCAUUUUCUCAUUUUUUAUUCCCCAGCCUUGCUGUUUUGGAGGGCAUUGCCAUUGGUAUAAGCCCAAACUACAAGGUUUUAGGCAGUACAUACCCUUGGAUUGCUAAAAAGAUUCUAACUGACAGCUCUCCACAGCUGAAAAGCUCUCUGCAAAAUCUUUUGUAUGAGGAAGGUGUUUUCCGAAUUGACCGUCUUGAGUCUUUGCUUUCUGAGUCUCUUAGGACAGAGACGGCAUUAGUUCAGAAACCAGUGGUGGGCACAGACUCUAAGAUCGCCAUGAAGCAAAUGCUUGCUUUUACUUUCACGGAACAGGGUUCUUUUGUAAGAGAGAUCCUUCUUCGAGAAUUUGCUAAGGGUCUUGAUGCAUUUGGAUUGGCAACUUUAGAGUCCUUCACAUUUUCUGGUUCAAGAGCAUUCACUUCCUUGACAGAAGAAGACAUGACAAACCUUAGAACCUUCUAUCGACUCAUGGCAUUGUUCUCAGGGAUGCAAAAGGCCGGAAGCGUAAGCACGCAAGUAAACGCGACUAGUAAAUAUGGUGAGGCACUCACACCUUUAGAGGAAGCAUCACUCGUCAUGUAUCAGCUUCCAUCAGCACAAGAGAUGCUUCCGAUUCUUUCCAUCUUACCUGAGCUUCCACAGGAGUCGCAACAGAGGUUGCUUCAGUUGCCAGGUGACUUGGUUGGAAGAUUAGUGUCUCGGGCUUUCGCUAGAACCAUUCGUAGGAUAUUUCUUUAAUGUCCGAUUACAAAAAAACGCUUGCAGAUUUGACUACAAUGAUUCUGAGUUACUUAUAAUUUUUUUACAUUAAUUUUAUGAAAAUCAGAGGAAUCGCCGUUUUGAUCCCACACUUGAACGAAAGCAUUAAAUAGAAUAAACUCAGUUUUCUUUGGUUAA